CUUAUUUCCUUUUUAAAUCUUUUCUUAGAUUUGUUUCAUAUCAUUUCAAUUGUUUCUUUUAUUUCAAGUAAUUUUAUUUGUGUGUUCAUUUUAAUAAAUUUCAUGUAAUUUUGGUGUCAGAUAUUGUCUGAUAAUAACACAGUUUUAUUGUUUCAGAUUACACCCACCCAGAUCCUAUUUCUAUCUGUAACUCAAAAGAUAGAAUCUUUCUGCUGUUUCUGCAUCUGGGCUCUUCAAAAGACAGAAUCUUUCUGUGUUCUCUUAGUUCUAGCCAGGUAGUGAUUUAUGUGUAUAACUGUGUUUGAUUCACAGUAUUGGAUUGGAUUUGUUUAUAUGGUUUGUAAGAGUAGUUGUCCUUUUAAUGGACUAAACUGUGGUUUAGAAAUAAGCACAACUGAUUUUUGUAGGAGUUUUAAUCAUUGUAUGUAUAGAGAUUGAGUUAUGAUUAAACAAAUACUCGGUAGGCUUCCUCGGAAGCCGUCGAAAUCAUCGGAUAAUCGCGAAUCUGGUGAUUCGUCUCCGCCUUCUUCGGAUACUUAUACUAGUUCUAGGAGUAGUGAUCUUGUGAUUAAUAGUCCUGUAAGUUUAAGCAAUACGUCCGUUCCGGUGUUUGAUACGUGUGUUUCGGGUUUAGGUUAUAGUUAUGGAAGUAACACUAACCAGAUAGUAAACUCGGAACUGAAUGGAGAUUCAGGGGUUGCUUCUUACGAGGCUUUACCGGGGUUUAGGGAUGUUCCCAGCUCGGAGAAGCAGAAUUUGUUUAUUAGAAAGGUGAACAUGUGCUGUGUCAUGUUUGAUUUCACUAAUCCAACUGAGCAUUUGAAAGAAAAGGAAAUCAAGCGGAAAACGUUGGUUGAGCUUGUGGAUUAUGUUGCUUCUGCAAAUGGGAAAUUUACGGAAACUGUCAUGAAAGAAGCUAUAAAGAUGUUGUCAGUGAAUUUGUUUAGGCCACUUAUUCCGCAGCCCCGUGAGAAUAAAGUUUUAGAAGCCUUUGAUUUGGAGGAGGAUGAACCUCUGAUGGAUCUAGCGUGGCCUCACUUGCAAAUUGUUUAUGAAUUCUUUUUGAGAUUUGUCGCAUCUCCUGAGACAGAUGCAAAGUUGGCUAAGAGGUAUAUUGAUCAUUCUUUUAUUCUCAAGUUGUUAGAUCUUUUUGACUCUGAGGAUCCGAGGGAGAGGGAGUAUCUUAAAACAGUUCUACACCGCGUCUAUGGAAAAUUUAUGGUGCAUCGUCCAUUUAUCCGGAAAGCUAUCAAUAACAUCUUCUUCCGAUUUAUUUUUGAAACAGAGAAACAUAAUGGUAUUCCAGAGCUUUUAGAGGUUUUAGGGAGUAUAAUCAACGGGUUUGCUGUGCCGCUAAAAGAAGAACAUAAAUUAUUCCUCAUUCGGGCACUAAUCCCCCUGCACAAACCAAAAUGCUUACCAAUGUACCAUCAGCAGUUAUCAUUCUGUAUAACACAGUUUGUGGAGAAGGACUGCAGGCUUGCUGAUACUGUUAUUAGGGGUCUAUUAAAGUACUGGUCAAUUACUAAUAGUUCUAAGGAAGUGAUGCUCUUAAGUGAGUUGGAGGAGGUUUUGGAAGCAACCCAGCCAGCAGAAUUUCAAAGAUGUAUGGUACCACUGUUCCAUCAGAUAGCUCGUUGCUUGAGCAGUUCGCAUUUCCAGGUUGCAGAAAGGGCUUUGUACUUGUGGAACAAUGAUCACAUUGAGAACCUAAUCAGACAAAACCAGAAAGUUAUACUGCCCGUAAUCUUUCCUGCCUUGGAAAAGAACGGAAGAAACCACUGGAAUCAGGCUGUACAGACCCUAACUCUUAGCGUUCGCAAAAUAUCCGGUGAUGUCGAUCCUGAACUGUUCGAAGACUGUUUAAAGAAAUUUCAAGACAAUGAAGCGAAGGCAGAGGAUGUGAAAAUGCAACACGAAGCCACAUGGAAGCGCUUAGAAGAAAUGGCAGCAACUAAAGCUUCCAACUCGGAUCUUGAAGAAGUACCUUGUCGAAGUCCUGACAAUCAACGUAAACUUCCGAUAGCAUCAGAGACGUUUGCCCGCGAGAACAACAAUGAUACAGUUGGAGCAGGAGACAUUCCGGAUUUAUAAUUAGUCAGUUUGGUCACUUUGUAGUUGAUAGUGUAAUGUCUCAAAAGGAACUAUAAAUUAGUGGUGCCUUUAAGCGCUCAUCAUUGAAGAUGCUAGUUUUGACUUCAUUUCUCAUGUGUUUGAUACGCAUUGUACAAAAAGAUAGCAAAACUCUUGUUGGUGUGAUAUUUAUGGUUUAGUGAAUAAAAAAGAUUAAUGCUUGUGCAAA